AAUCACAUGUGCCGCUUUAAGCAAAGAUUAGGUACGUAGCGCACAUAUAUAGAAGUGUAAUCAUGAAUGAAAUUUUAGAGAAUAAUUUCAAUGAGAAUUUUCUGAAAUUGGAAAACGAUGUUAAAAAUGCAUCGUUUAUUGCCAUCGACGCAGAAUUUACGGGAAUACAGUCAGGUGAAGAUUUCAAGUAUAGCCUUUUCGAUACAGUUGAUAUCCGAUAUCAAAAUAUAAAGAACAACAUUCAGCCAUUUGUUAUAAUUCAAUGUGGUAUUGCAACAUUUCAACAUGUACCCAGGGAAAAUAGAUACAACGUACAGUGCUACAAUUUCUAUUUGAUGCCAAGAUCUGUACCAUACAAUAACAGACAAUUCUCGUGGCAAGUGGCUGCUCUAGAAUUUCUUUCUGCAAAUAAGUUUGACUUUGGCAAAUUUGCAAACUCAGGAAUAUCGUAUCUUGAUGAGAUAGAUGAAAAACUACUAAAACAACAUUUGGAUGAAGGUAAUUUGUCCCAAAAUAUGGAACAUUUAUCAUAUGAAGAAGAAGAUGACUUCAAAGACUGUAAAAAUAAAGUUUUCAAUUGGUUAAAACGUUCUCCAAACCAAGUCUCGUUGGAGAUAAAAACAGCCUCUCCUAUUUUACAAUAUAUGGUACACAGAGAAUUGAGGAGUAGGUUUAAUAACAUUUGGACAGUGUCAGGAUGUAAAUCAGUAACAGUUUUAAGAGUAUCAAAAGACAUUCGUUCAGUUUUAGAAAAAGAAGAAGGUGGUUUACUGGAAAAAGGAUUGUUAGAUUGCUAUAUAGGAUUCUCUAAAGUAUUUAAGCUAUUGACUGAUGCAAAGAAGCCAAUCGUAGGACAUAAUGUAUUUCUGGACUUAAUGUUUAUACAUAAACAGUUCUAUAGACCAUUGCCAAAUAAAUAUAUAGAAUUCAAAAAUAAUAUCCAUACAUUGUUUCCACAAAUAUAUGAUACAAAAUUCAUGAGUAUUGAAUUGAAGAAAGUAUUGAAUAAAGAUGCAAAUUGGAAAAUAAAUUCAUUGAGCCAUAUAUACGAAUAUUUUACAUUGUAUCGUGGGAAAUAUUGUAUAGUCAAUUCACCAGCUGUACAGCUUGAAAAUGAUUCUUUAGACGAACAUUUUUAUCAUAAUGCAGGAUGGGAUGCAUACUAUGCUGGGUACAUAUUUAUAAAGAUGGGAUUCUUAUUUACCAUAGGGAAAUAUGGAAAGGGUUUAGCAGACAGAACGGUGACACAUACUGAAUUAAUGAGUGCCAUAAAAGGUUUUGCAAACUCCAUAAAUGUAAUAAGAGGCAACGAAACGUACUUGAAACUAGAUGGAGAUGAUCCAUCGUUAACGAGGUCAGAAUGGCUUCACGUGAAGUUAAAAUCGCCAUCUUUGGAUGUAAAAGAGGUAGCCGUACAAUUUUCAUCUUUUGGACCUGUGGAUGUGAUGCCUUUCGCUCGGAAACGUGUCUUAGUAGCUGUCGCGAACCAUAGGAGCGCGCUGAACAUAUUGAACCAUUUCAAGAACAACACGGAAUUGCAAGUGGCGCGAUACAACCCUAUAAGGCACGCUCCUCCGAGUAGGGUCUUUUUAUGGAGCGGAAUCGUCUUAUCCGGUGGGAUGAUCGCCUGGAUGAUGCAUCGCAUAUUCAAGAAGUCCGUGACGCUAAACUAAUCGGACAGGGUUGUGCAAUACCGUUCGUUCAGGACGUCACGACGGGGCAAGUGUGGAUAAAUUUUCGAUUGCUCUCUAUCGGGCGUCAGUAGUAUCGAUUACAUACGUCGAGGGAAUAGACAAAGUGGAAAAAAGUCAAGUUGCGAGCGACAGUGAAGUAUUAGCGCCGAGAUGACGAAACGAACUCGUUUUAUCUCGGAAUGUUUUUGAUACCAGCGUACGAUAAGCGAACACACCAUUGUAAAGAAAAACGAAUGAAAAGGAUGAGAAAGAAAAGCAAACUUUGAGUCAGUUCCCGGACGUUGGACACACACCUUCAUUUGCGUUCCUUUGAACGGCGAGGUUCUAUUUAAAUUUUCGAUCAAGAAAUCAUGAGUGGGUAUCUUCCGCACGAGGUGUCGUUAUUAUUAUUUCUAUACUCGUUGGUGCCUCGUCGAGGGCCAGAGCUUCGCCGCUGCCAAAGCCGUAGUACUCUUUGAAAAAUCCAAUUAUCCCUGCCCCGCGACGACGCACGUCGAUCGCCGCGGCGCUCGUCCAUCUAUCAUAUCUUUUUUCCGCCUUUCAUCGGCCACGUCACGGACCUGCCCGUGCCAAAUAACACCAGACGUUCCGUGACGUCACCGGCGUCGAGAAUUCCUUGGACACUUUCACGUUGUUGCGUCGUCGAACGAUCCUCCUUGCGCUCGAUGACGUUCUUUAUAUUUAGUUCCAGCUGCGAAGGCUGUUGGAGAAAAUUUCAGGGACACGGAACAGAUUGUACCUUUUUGGAUGUUUUGGGGAGAAGAGCGUUUAAAAUGAUUUUCAUUGUUUUGGAAAUCAUAGCGGGAAGCAGGUUCUCUUCCUCGAUAGAUCUAUUGUAAAACAAUUGGAGGACUUUUAAUUGCAUAAUAUGAUUAGUUGGGGGCACAGAGCAAUGCUGGGGAAAAUUUGAAAAAUAUUAGCGCUAUGUAUCCUAUAGGAGACAUUUCUAGAGAUUCUGUUGCUUGUUGUUUAACAUGGAGAUUAAUUAAUUUAUGAAUGUAUACUGGCCAACACAGCAUUACAUUUAAUUUAAUCAUGAAACACUGUGGAUAGUUUUGAAAAUCAGAGUGAGGGGCAGGUUCACUCGUUUGAUAAAUCUAUUCUAAAACAAUUGGGAGACGAUAGAGGACGUUACAUAGGAGAAAAGUUUAUGAGAAAAUCAUGUGUAGAAUAUAUGCCGAAGGUCCCCACGAUAUGUGUACCUGUGAACAAUGAAAUAAAACUUGUUGGAGAAUGUUCUCUGAAAAGUAGUUCCUCUAGAAAUGAGUAAAUUUACAGCACUGGUAAAGGUGAAACUAAUUGUGACAAUGAUUAUUAAAGUGUAAACGUUAUACAUUCAUGUAAACAAGAAUUCACUAUAGUCACCAUGAUUUGCAACAGAGUUGUUUGAGGUAAAGAACAGUUAAAUUUGAAAGGGAAGAUAGAGAACUUUAAGAAACCAUUGAUUCAAUUGAGAAAGGUACAUGCAAGAAAUGUUUACUUUGUUAUGCCUAUGUGAUAUGUUCAAUGUGUGUGACAUAUAGCAGCUGGAAUUAGACAGAACAAAGAAAAAAUGUCAUUAUUGUUGACACUUGUUUUACAUUACUUUGUAUGUGUUGCUUUUCUUGUUGAUUAUUCCUGAUUAUGUUCAGAGUAUUCACAGAUCAAUCGUCUGAAUUUUGACCACAUUUUAAAGCACCUAUUCCACAACACAGCGCCGUAGUAAAUGGGAACGUGUGGUUGACACGUGACGGUGCACGUCGUAAUUUUUGUUGUAAUCUUGGCAGACGGUGCAACGAUCUACGGUCUACAGGAGAGGACAACAACUGCUGAUUUACGGUAUGUGAGACACGCCCAUUACAAUGUCUACGGAUGUAGAACUGAAAUAAAAGAGUAAGUAUAGAGUCGAAGUUGCAAAAUCUGUGUCAGAUACCGAUACAUCCGUGGAUACUUCUGGAAGAAAUUUCGAUGCACUUGGAAUUUGAUAGCCAAACGAUGAAAAUCUGUACUAAUAUUAUACAGAGGUAAAGUUUUCUUGUUUGUUUGAAAUGUUUGCUCUAUAAAAGCUUUCCAUUGGAUUUAUUUGAAAAAAUUAUUUUUGGCCCUUGCAUACGGCUAAGCUAAGCAAAAAUUUCUUAAACUUCGUUUCCUGCGCUUCAUCUUUAUAAAACAGUAUUAUAAUGAACGAAGAAAAAAAUUGAGUCCUUGGUGCAAAAACUAGAAACUUCAGCUUUAAAAUGCAUUUUUUUAAAUUCUUUUUGCGACCAUUUUGCGCAAAGAUACAGUCAUUUGGAAAUGACCAAAAUUUUCGGGAAAUUAUAGUGUUCCCUGAAUUUUAACGAGGAGUGUAUUGGUUGGGGUAUUCGUAUAUUUAAUAAUAUUUUUCAUGGUUUUGAUGCAGGUCUUGUAAGCAACAUAUGCCCCCUGGAUGUUGCAGAACAUUAGGGUUUCUUGGAUUGCAGCUUAUUAACCUUAGGAUGACUUCUAUAAAUUUCUACUUCUGGACUCAUUUGAGAAUCCUGUGCGAAUAUGACUAUUGUGACAUUUUAAACAAGUCAUAUUAUAGAAACUGUAUAAGAAACUAUAACUGUUUUUAUUUUUGUAUAUACCUUACUACUAACUGUGCCCCACGGUUCCAACCGCGUGGAAUACAAUUCUUAUUUUAUAUUGCGUACUUAAAUGUUAAAUUUUAAGUUCCUAGAUACAUUUACGGAAAUAAGGCAACCUUAAAGCAAAAUAAUUGGAAACAUUUCUAGCGAACGUUUUCUUAUUUUUACGUGUUAUAUGUCGUUAAAUUCGUCUUGUUGAGUACAUUACUAAUUCCCAUGUCAUGUUUGCGGAAUUUCGUUAAUUUGUUGUAAAUUUUCUAGAAAAAAGUAUGGUUAAAUGUCAAUUUAUAAAUAGUAACAAAUGUUUAUUCAUUUGUUAAUUAUGUGAAUGCUACUUUUCAAAUUCCUACAGGAUUAAAUGUUAACUUGGUGAUAUAGGCAUGUUGGGUGGGUAAAGCCCAUGGAAUUUUGUUGUUAUUUAAAAAUGUAUUGUUCAUCUACGAAGAUGUGUUUACAACUAGUGAUUGAAAGAAUUACAUUUGACAUUUAACCAUACUUUGUUUUUGAAAGUUUACAGCAAAUUUUACACAAAUAAACGAAUUUCUGUAAACAAUGUAGAAAUUAGUACUGUACUCAACAAGACGAAUCUAACGACAUAUAACACGUCAAAAUCGGUGAACGGAUUGUUUGCUAAGAAUAUACCAUUAAUGGUAUCAAUGAGCAUAUUAACACUUUAUCUACCGGGCUAUUUAGAAACAGUCUUUAAUUUAAAAAGAAUUUUCUACAGUAGCAUAUGCCAAUCUAGGCUGUCGAUAAUUCCUCCAUACUGUUACUGGAUACAUUGAAAGCCAAGUCUGUUUCCAAACACUGAACAAUAUAAGUAGACAACCAUCAACACAGUAAAUAAAUUCAAAAAGCUAAAUACUGGAAUUAAAAAGCCUAUAAAUAGGCUCCCGGUAAAUCAAGUGUUAAGAUCAAGUAUGAAGUAAAUCGGACCACGAACAAAAUAUGUCUCAUACAAACGAUGCAACCCCUUUUCCUCUAUUAACUUUCGCGGCUCGAGCUCCGUUAGAGCCACGCGCUAGAUCAGAUUUACGCUUGCGAUGCAUAUAAAAAUUCCUACAAAAAAACGUCGUCACUACAGUUGCUCACAAUAAAGGUCUAGCUGCCCUCCGCGGUUUCACCCUGUGGAAUACUAUUUAUUUUAUAUCGUUUGCGUUCGACUGACAGUUCAACCACGUGAAUGUAUUUUAUGUAAUUUGCGUGCAACUACGUAAAUCUAUUUUACGUCAUUUGCGUUCAACUGACAGUUCAACCACGGUGAACACCUUCAUGAACUAGUCACUUGAGAUUUCGAAUUUAAACCUUAUUUUUAUCAAAAUAAAAUAUAGCCUAUGUCCUUCCUCAGGAUGGAAUCUAUCUCCUUGGCAAAUUUUAUCGAAAUCUGUUCAGCGGUUUAGGCAUGAAAAGGUAACAGACAGACAGAGUUACUUUCGCAUUCGUAACAUUAGCGUGGAUUGUAUAAGAUGUACAAAAUCAUGGACUACCGCUAUAAGAUGAUUAUUUUUCAAACUAGAACACAAUUACAGUUUGAUUUUCAUUUCGUUCUUCUCUGUAGAGAUACGCCUGGAGGUAACUACCUAACACAAAUCUAAUCCCCUAGGAGGAUGGACCACCCGUAAACACCCUGUAUGCUCUAUGAGAAUGUUUAUUGGUGUCGAGCUCGGUGCACUCGACUCGUGGACACUUAGUGCUACUCUGUACUUAUCUCGAAAUCCCGAUGGCCGAGAAAGAGCCCAGGCGUUCCCCGAUAUUUCAAAAGUUUUCUCUGGCCGCCACCCAAGGCUAAAACACUCGAAAUAACGCAGUAGCAAUUCGUGUGGGCGUUCUGCCGGACGGUCAGCCUGGUCACACUGGUGUCCGAUGGCAGGUGGAGGAGCUUUUGAGGUGGAUCCCUCUUUAUCUCGGUUAGUCCGACCGACAGAUGUAAAGGUCGCGUGCGCCGAGUGAACGAGGUCUAUGGAACUGGGUUAACCAAAUUGACUAUUUUCUGAUUUACCACUUGACCAUCUAUA